AUGUCUGGCGUUGUUGAUACCACCGCCACCGCCCCCGAGCCACCAACUAAGCGUCGCAAAGUCCACGAUGACGAUAGUAUCGAUUCGACCCCUGUUCCACACUACGACACCCCAAAGGAGAAAGAUGGCAAGCAUACCCUUAGCGUCUCCAUCCGGGAGAAAACCGUAGACAGUCGCUCUGAGAGCCAAAGCCCCAGUCGAAGUCGAAGCCGGAGUCGCGAACGUCGCCGCGAGACAGAUUACUCCUCCGAUGAACGUUCGCCGCGCCGCAGUAGAUCCCUCUCCAGUUCUCGCUCACGUAUACGCUCGCGACACUCAAGUUCCGGCAGUCGAUUAUCAAGCCACUCACACUCACGCUCACGAUCCCGAACCCCAAGAUCACGCUCCCGCUCCCGCACCCGCACCCCCUCAGACUCGCGCUCCCCUCGAGCCGCAACCUCCCCCCUCCUCCGCAACACCCACGCCCCCUCCUCCUCCUCCCCCACACCGCCCUCCCGCCAACUCGCUAAACCACACUACACCCCGCGACUAGUCCUAGCCGGGCACGCGCGCGCGAUAUCGCAAGUGCGCAUCUCGCCCGACGGGGAAUGGAUCGCGUCGUCGUCCGCGGACGGGACCGUGCGCAUCUGGUCCGUGGCCACGGGCCAGCACGCCGAGACCCUGGUCGGCCACAUGGCCGGCGUGUCGGCCGUCGCCUGGGCUCCCGACAGCAAGACGCUGGCCUCGGGGUCCGACGACAAGGCCAUUCGCCUGUGGGACCGGGUCACGGGGCGGCCGGCGCGCGCGGGCAAGCCGUUGCUGGGCCAUCAUAGCUACGUGUAUAGCCUGGCGUUCUCGCCCAAGGGGAAUAUCCUGGCGAGCGGGAGUUACGACGAGGCGGUUUUCCUCUGGGAUGUGCGUGCUGGCCGGUUGAUGAGGAGUCUGCCGGCCCAUAGCGAUCCUGUGAGUGGGAUUGACUUUUGUAGGGAUGGGACGUUGGUGGUUAGUUGUAGUACGGAUGGGUUGACCCGAAUAUGGGACACAUCCACAGGCCAAUGUCUGCGAACCCUCGUGCACGAGGACAACCCUCCCAUAACAUCAGUAUGCUUCGCGCCCAACGGGCGGUACGUACUAGCCUUCAGCAUGGACUCAUGCCUACGACUAUGGGACUACGUCUCCGGCACCGUGAAGAAGACAUACCAAGGCCACGAGAACUCCAAGUUCAGCAUCGGCGGGUGCUUCGGUACCGUCCCUACCACCACCAUCGCCACCACCACCACUACCACUACCACUAAAGAUAUCGACGACGGAGAGGAAACCGGAAGAACAGCAACAGCUUUUGUAGCAGCCCCCAGCGAAGACGGCGACAUCGUGCUCUGGGACGUCCGCACCAAGGAGAUUGUGCAGCGCAUCCGGCGCGCCCACGAUGGCGUGUGCUUCUGGGUCGACGUCCACGGCGACACCAUGGUUAGCGCGGGCCAGGACGGCAAGAUCAAGGUAUACAGACAUCAGCAAGCAGGAGAUGCGAGUGCCAAAAAGGUUAACGGCGUAUCCCCCGAGACGAAGGAGGCAAAUGUGGAUGUGGAUGUGGAUGUGGAUAUGGAUAUGGGUGCUGAGAAAGACGGGGUUGAAGGAAGUGAAUCCCCUCUGAAGGAUGAAGAUGUCAAGAAGGAAGAGUAA